AAAUGUCCAGGAUCUUCAGCAAUAUAAUUCAAUAAACCCAUCGGCCUUUAGGUGGCAGGAAACCGGGUAACGGGAGCCUUUCCGACAAGCGGCGAUCAGAUCUUCGCCCUGGCUUGGUUUUGCUUUUGUCGUUAUUUCUUUUUUUUAUUUUCUUUUUUCUGGACUCGCCAGCCCAAGCCAUGGAGGGGGAAAAAGAUUCCUGAGCUUCCUGCAGAGGCUUAAAAUAAUACAUAUAUAUGCGGCAACCCGUGUCUUGUGCCCGGUGAAACUAGAGAGAUGCAACGUAAUUGUUGAACGUGUCCUUGAGUUCGUUGUCGCGAUCAUUUCUGGAUUCGCUUUUGGGCCUUCUCUUGAGGCUUCAUAUUUAGGAUUCGGUGCUCGUAUCUCUGAUCCACAACGAUUAUGUGCAGCUCUGCAGCUCUGUGAGCUCUUCCCAUGCAUUGGCACGGAUUCACCUGAACGUGCCCCAAAGCCUUGUCUCGGUGGGUCGUGCGUUCCAAUUGCGUGAGCCCUUGAGGGUUAUGGUAUGUGGGAUUUCUAUGAGUGGUUCGUCUCGAGCGACUGCUUGAUGCAUGGGACCGCUUUACAUACGCUUCUGCAUAAUGCCCCUGUUUCUCACCGCUGCUAGUUGGUUCUUUUUCACUCAUGUGAUAUCGAGCAGGGAAGCGGCUCUUGUCGGUCAAAAGGCCUGGUGAAAGGAACCGUUCUUGCUCUCUGGAAUUGCCAAAUUCAUUUGGUUUCUGCUGUGCUCUGUAUCUCCUCCCUCUGUUCCUGUCCGGCCUGCGACCUCUGCUGCGGGUAUAUAAAGAAGGGCGGCCUUGACGGCGGUGUUGGUCGGAGAGAUGGAGACUUUCGGCGAGGAAUUGGUAUCGCUAGGAGAGCUAUUUUCGCACGAGACAUUAAAGGCGAGAGACAGAGACAAUUGCAAAUACACCCCCAGAUCAGCAGGGUCUGUGCAGAGACCUCAGAGAUCGGAAGGCCUACUGGAGUUAGUUCGAUUCUUCACUGACCACAAUACGCCUUUUCCAGAGGACAACUGUAUGGAUCUUGGUAGCGGGAGCGUCUCUGACUCUUGGGCCUCAAAAGGGCUCCAUACGGCAAAGAGAUGGAAGUCACACGAGGAUCUUGCCGGUCAGAGAGAGUGGCAGAAACCUGGGGUUAAGUGGAAGAAAGAUAGAAGCAAGCAUUCUACCUCCAGCUCGGCGCCCGACGAAAAGCCCCCGCCGCCGAUUUCCAAAGAUAUCAAAGUGCCCGACAUGCUGCCGGUGCCAGCUGCCCGUUCAAAAUGUAUGCUUGGUGAUGUUGACUGAAUGCUUUUAUGCUGGUGUAGGAACACUACGUCCCACCAAAGCUCUGUCUGAUGAUAUGUCUAUAAUUUUAGGUCACGCAACCUCGAUGUGGACGCCGCCAACUCUAGAGCUACCGCCCACGCCCUCGUCCUCUGAGUUCAGCCCGGCGACAGAGAACCGAGAAUAUAAGCAUACCAAGGCCGACGACCUUGAUACCACGAGGAAAGAAGCUCAAGGCCGCCUGUCGGCGGAACCAAAACUAGAAGAAAGGAAUAUCGAGAUUGGAAAUAGCAGUGCAGUUCAAAAACCAUGUCCUCCACUACCUGGUGAGACAUCAGAAGGCCUGCAGGUUAAGCUAUCACAACACCAUAGCAACUCUUUUUCUAACAAUCAUGAUUCUCCUAGAAAGGAGUCUGAGUGUGUGAGCAAGAUCAGGGAGGUACCGAGCAGGAUGUCUGAACCUCACAAACGAGAUGGCAUUUGUGUUGCUGGCUCUCACCAAGCACACCUUGAUACAGCAGCUCUGCUCCCUGUCUCUCAAAAGUCACCCUACAUUGAUGUACAGUAUCUCCCAAGACGGACAUCAAGCAAGAGGAAUCAUCCACGUGAACAAACUGACACUGGUUACCUCUCACGACCACUCUCUCCAGAAGAUCUUAUAUCCUGUUUCCAGAAACCACCAAAUGUGAACACUCCAACCUCAGACACAGAGACCUCCCCUCCAUUGGUUCGCUUGCAAACAAAGAAACGUCCUAUCCACCAGCCUGCACCUCUCAUAUUAUCUCCAGAUUUCCAAAACGAAAGCUUUAUGGAAACCUUGCCACCAACGCCAGCAACACCAUCGUGCACCAUGGCCGAAUCACAAACUAAAUUCGCUCCCUCAUAUGCCAAUAUUCCGAGAGCCCCUCUUCCGCCAACACCUUCUGAGCCUUCUCCACGAAGCAAGGGUACUGGAAGCAAGAAAGCACGCAAACUAGCUUCAAAAGCCUCAUCUCUGUGGCCUCCAAGGCUUAAUCUCUACCCGUCACGCGAAAGAGUCACCAAAACCGAUAUUAUGAGUCCGUGGCGAGGGAAUGCUUUUGCACAGCUGAGUAGUUUGCCAUCUUCUCCGACAGUCCCACUGGAUCCGUCAGCUAAGCUCCAAGAAUUGGAACGCCGCGCUAGCGAGGCACAAAAUUUGCCGUCGCGAGGAAACGAUACGAUGACUACAACGAGUUCGGUAUCGGAUUCGACUAUCGAGAAUAAAGCGAACGAGGACAUCGCUACUAAGGACGGUGAAAGUAGUGCAAAUCCAAGCCCGAAGCGUCAGAGCGAAGCUACAACUAUUACUGCUCGUCUAACAUCACCAGAUCUACGAAAACACCCUGGAGAGCCUCCGAAAAUUCCACUGCCAGCAAGUCCCCCGAAAUUCCGUAACCAGUCCUCCUCCCCAAACAAGGGAAGCGUCGAUAAGCUCGAAUUUGCAGCAAGUCAGCGACAACCACAGGUUCCUGCCAACCCGACAGUGGACGACAAGAACUCCGAACGUAUCCUAAGUCCCAAAACACCCAACUCAACGAAAGCAGGGCAUUCUGAGGCAACCAUUCAUAGACACUCCGAAUCAUCCUCUUAUAACACCCGCGCUGCCAAAGUCCACAUUCCACGUUCAUCCUGGGACAUGGUCGACAUUGGUAUCACUUCUCGCCCGGUCACUCCAUCGUUGCCCUCAUCUGACGAUGAAAAAGGAGUUUAUGCAUACUGCGGCAGUGCGUCUCGUUCUAGAAAAUCUCGCAGACGGCAUGAUAAUGACACCCAGAGUCCCGAUCGGUGUAUCAUGUCUCCUAUUUCACGGAAGAAAGACAGGGAUGGUCAGGGAAGUGACAAUCAUCUUAUCACUUCACGGCCUUCGACACGUGGCUCAUUCGGCUCCUCGUCUCCUCGAGCAGAAUCGCUUUUGGUUCAGCAGCUCCAGGAGAAGAUUGUCAUUCUUGAACGACAGAAUAAAAUGCUUCAUGCCGCUCUGUCUGCUGCACUUGAUAUUGGGGGUACAUAUGAUAUGAACCUUUCACGUAAUACAAACUUUACACACACUGAGGCGACGCCAGCUGGUGUGGGUAGCGGGGGUAGAUUGCCAAUGGGUAAUCACGUCUCUCCAAGUACAGAUACUGGUACCUUUAAUGUUGGAACUGCGGAGUGUCACUAGUAACUGUGGUGUGAGUAUGGCAUAUCAACAGUGGUUUGCAUGAUGACUAGGAUAAUGGGUCCACAGCUUGUCAAAAAAGAAAAAAAAAAGAAAAAAAAAGAGAAAAAGAGAAAAUAUUCCUUGUUUGAAUGAUGUAUGUACCUAAGCGGGCUGAAUCACCUGAAAAUGCUGUUUCAUCCACUUUGAGAAUUGGUGGUGGCAGAGCCACAAAUAAAGCAGCGAGGCGACAAUCGGGAGCAACCUCUGUAAACCACCUUGGAUGCUAAUAGCACUGAAUACACAAUGGAUAAUUUUAUGGCCUUGUCA